AUGAUUGACAAUGAAAAUAAAAACAGGCCGUAUUUUCAAGAGCCCGAAUUACAGUAUGAUCAGAAUAAACCUCAAGCCCAAACCAACACACCAGGCGAUGGAUCAAGUGAGCCCAAAACGAGCUCACGUGGUGGAGGCCUUAUGGAGAGAAGGGCUGCCAGAGCUGGGUUUAAUGCUCCGAGGCUAAAUAUGGAAAGCAAAAAGUCCACACCUGGUCUUAGCCCAACUACUCUGUUCGAUUCCCCUGUUUUCCUAACUAAUUCGCUGGUUCAGCCAUCCCCAACAACUGGAAAAUUUGCAUUUGCUCAGGGUGGCAACAAUCAAAACUCGACAAUGAUGAUGAUAGAUGAAUCUGAUAACAAGUGUAUGGAGAAUAAUGCUUUUGAAGAUAACAAGCCGAAUUCGCUUUCAAACCUAUUGCCGACAUCCGUCACAAGUGGACACGUCCAACGGGCCGAACCUUCUUCUCAAAUGCAUGCAGCAGCCAUGGCCCGAUUCGAAAGGCCUUCAGCACAUGGGACCUGGCCCAGGGUAUGGGUUUGGGUUGGGCUUGGGCUAGCAGAGGUUUGCCAGCCUGGGUUUGGCUGGCUUCGGACAUCAUCAUCAAGGGAAGCUCCCACCAAUGCAAGUUCAUCCGUAUUUAGGAUACGGGCCGAGGCCAGUGAGUGA